GUAGUCGCGCCAUUAUUUGUAUUCAGAGUUCAUAAUUUAACCUCUCGGAAUACACAAUGGUGUCAAGAAUCCUUUAGAUUUACAUAAUAAAGAUCAAAUUCAUUCAUCAAAAUGAGGGCGGAGGACCCUGAUGGGGUGUCUGACCUUGAGCACACCACAAAGAUAUCAAUUUCCGACCCUAUGACCGGUAAAGAGUACACCGUCCUCUUAUCCAAUGAAGAUGCUGGACGUGCCAUGCAAGAUAAUCAAUUUGCAUCUGCGUUACUGGCAAGUUGCAUUCAACAGGAGGAAUUCGAUAAGGAAAAUAAUCCUGAUGGCUUUGGGGCUCCUAAAUACAGUUCUUCAAAUGAUUUGGAUGAAUGGAGUGUUCAAAAGCCGCAUCCAUAUUUGGAAGUUCUUGGAAAGUCGAUGGAAAGCGAAUUGAACUUUGAAGCACACUUAAGUGAUGAUGAUGAUGACGAGGAAGUGGUUGUGGAGAAACACAGCACCGAGAAACCCACUGGAAACAAGGACAUCUCUGCUACAGGCAAAUACAAGUGGUCAAAAGCAGCGACGAAGUUAUUUCUGGACUUGUACACAGAAGAGAUACAGAAAUUGUCUUCUAAAUUAACCAAGACAACAAAAGUACAAAACAAAUUGUGGGAAGCAAUAAGUAGUGGUAUGAAUUUGCAAGGAUACCACGUUGAUGUUUCUAAAUGUCGAUCAAAAUGGCAAACAAUGCAACGAAAAUAUAAAUUAGUGCAUGAUCACAAUGCCCAAUCGGGCGCAGAUCGCAUGGACUGGAUGUUUUUUGAGAGCAUGCAAGAUUUAUUGGGGAAGACACCAUAUAUGGCCCCACUAUCUACUGCUUCAUCAGUGGGUGAAGCCGGAGAGCGAAGUCUGGAAUAUCAAACAGAUGCUCAGAGAGAUAAGAAAGACUAGAAGAGAAAAACUAUUGCUCAAAGCUUGACUGAGAUCAUGGAAGGGCAGGCUAAGGCACGAGACUCUCGAGAUAAAGAGCGAACUGAGUAUCAUGCACAAAAAUUGAAAAGGUUGGAUCGAUUCAAUGAUAUACUGGCUCAAUCUCUUCUUCAAUCGAAGGGAUCAACCCAAGAACAUAAAGACUUAAGUUGAUAAAAAAUCAAUUAUUGACGUUGAAAAAAUGUUCCAGUGUUCUCGGUGUGUUUCGGUCUAUCUCUGCAUUUGGGAGCUUAGAAACCUUUGUGUGACUAGUUAAUAAUGGAUCUUUGUCUUGGAAAGGACCUAUUGUUGAUUUCAGAACAUUGUUCACUGAUGUCAUCCAUAAUCCAGCAUUGAAGUUCUUCGUUAUGCAGUUCUGGAAUAGAAAAAAAACAUCAAAUUGUCAUAAAUUCAUUCAGGGUUACAUUUUAAACUCAAAAAAAUCAUUUUCAAUUGAUUAUCAUUGAAAAUUGAUGGAAAAUAUCAAUUACAUGAAUAAUAUUGAUUAAUGUUAAUCAUAAAUGAUUGGAAAUUAA